GGAGGAAGGAAGCGAAGACAGAGCACAUCUGAAAUAGUAACUGUAUUAAAACAGGAGCCGGUAUUUCUAAGAAACUCAAUGUUUUGCCCGCUGAUGAUGGAUCCCAGGAUUGGUUGGAUUCAACCGGAGCAAAAGGGGCCAGCUCAUGACACAUGGACAGCAGUUUUGGAGGAUGUCACUUCACCAACGAUGGUCGACAAUCAUCGUAGCAGGGAAUACAUCCCUUUGAAUCGGAAAAAUACUUUUAAUGAAGAAGUGGAAAGUACCAAAUUGAACAACCUUAUAAAUUCCGACAAGAAUCAUGUUACUAAGAAGAAAAGAGUUGAGAAUCAAACCCCUUGGUGCUCCAAAGAUAAAAGUUAUCCAGACGGGUCGGUGGGGCUUCAUGAGGAAAUCUUGGACUUCUACAAUUUUAUGAAACCACGAACGGCCGAACAUACCAUGCGACAAGAAGUGAUAGCCAGGGUUCAAGAAGUCAUCAGACGGCUCUGGCCUACGGCUGAUGUGGAGGUGUAUGGAAGCUUUCGGACGGGGCUUUAUUUACCAACCAGCGACAUCGAUAUUGUUGUGUUUGGAAAUUGGGAGAGACUGCCGUUAUGGACGCUUGAGCAAGCACUCACGGCAAAUAAGAUCGCCGAGGCUUCAUCUAUGAAAGUCUUAGACAAGGCAUCGGUUCCAAUAAUCAAACUGACAGAUCAAAAAACCAAUGUGAAAGUGGACAUAAGCUUUAACGUUCCAGCUGGAUUGAAGGCUGCUGAAUUUGUUAAGGACCAAAUAGAAAUCUUUCCAUGUUUGCCACCUUUGGUGUUAGUUUUGAAACAGUUCUUGCUGCAGCGAGAACUGAAUGAGGUGUUUACUGGUGGUAUUAGCUCAUACAGUCUUAUUCUGAUGGCCAUUAGCUUUUUGCAGAAUCACAAUAGGAAGGAAGGCAGAACGCUGAAAAACAACCUUGGGGUCCUUCUGAUUGAGUUCUUUGAACUCUAUGGACGUAAUUUGAACUACACUAAUGUGGGAAUCCGAGUGAAAGAUGGUGGAACCUAUUUUAGCAAGCAGGAGGUUUUGCACAGUAUGGAUGACGUUUUCAAUCAAUCAUGUGCACUGUUGUGCAUUGAAGAUCCCUUCACUCCAGGCAACUACAUAGGAAAGAGCUCCUAUAAAUUUAUGGAAGUGAAACAAGCAUUUGAAUAUGCCUAUGAUGUUCUAAGCAAACAGGUUCUGAAAGAAGAUUCUUGUUCACAUGAUCGAAAUUUUGAGAGGCCUGAACAGGAAGGAGCUGGCCACCUCAGCCGCAUUGUGCGGGUGACAGAUGAUGUUGUUGAAUAUCGUGAUUGGGUCGCUAGAGUUUGGCCAUCAUAUGAUGUUCCAUUAAUAGCUGGUGUAAGCCAGUCACCCCCGACGUAUGCUAGUAUAGCAAACAGACAUGUUCAACCUGAGACCCCAGGCAUUACAUCAUUGGAUGUCAUCAACAAAAGUGCUACAUGGCCAUUGGGAAGAUCUCAGUUAAAUGCUGUAACUUUGGUGUCUGAAAAUGAAAAGGUGACUGAUAAAGAGGAAGAGCCUUUGGUCAGGCACACGAGUGCUGACAGCCUCUUUACUCUUGCAGGGGGAAUUGAAAUGAAAGUAAAUAAAAACUCAGUUUGGUCUGCAACCUCUGUUCGGAAAUUGGCAGAUUCACUCGCACAAGACAAUGUAGCCAAGAAAAGAAUGAGCUCUGAAACAAAACCUGCCAAUAGUUUAAGGCAUUUGAAACCCACUAUAACUGCAAUACCUUCAUCUGUCAGCACUAGCUCCUCAUCACCAGUGACUUCUUAUUCAGGGGCAAUAAAGCAGUCCUUGACACCAUCAUUGAAACAAACAAUAGGAACUCCAGCAAAGGCCUCUGUGGUUGACUCUUCCUCAAAGUUGAAAGCUGUGGCAGUUGUGGGACCUCUAAGUAGUGGCUCUCCAAAAAAGGCUGAAGAGCAGAAGACUUGUGCAUCAAAUAACAAUAAUGCUGUGGUUAGUUCACCAAAGCUGGACUGCGUGACCACCAGGCAACUCAGUAAAGACAAUGGUAUGGGAAAACAAAGCUCUCCCACAAUUUUUUUAAACAGUAAAAAGAACAAUGACAACAGUAACCAAAACAACAACAACAAUAACAACAAUAACAACCACGGCAAAAGUUACACAAACAGUGGUUCAAAGAGUUCAUCUAAACACAAACGUGGGAAAUCACCCAAGAGUAAAAAGGGUAGGAGUUAAUGACAAGGUGGAAAAGAGGAACCAUGUUUCAGUUUCACUUCUUUAACAGUGGCGGUGAUUCAAUCAUCAUAUUUAAUCUGUUACAUGACUUUUUAUGAAAUUAAUUUGUGGGAAAUAUUUCAAUACUCUUUGAGGGGACAGAGCAACAGAGAUAAGAUUGCAAAAAAUCUAAUCUAUAGUUUUGAAAAACCAAAAAAAGAUUAUGUACUAUAGUAUUUUUUAAACAACAAAACAACAAAUAGAAAGGUUGUUAUUCAAUUCUCCUUUUGGGUUCAUUCUUUUCUUUUAGGGCCCUUGGAAAAAAAUUUAAGACUUAAAAAUGCAAAAUAAUGAAUUCAUAAAUUCAAUUUCUGACCACCAAAAGUUUCUAUCUGAGAAAGGAGAGGAGUAUUUAAGUUAAGAAAGCGCCUGUGUAUAAAUGGAUCUUUAAUGCUUCUGGAAAAAGUCACAGUUUAUUUUAAGUAAGAAUCGUGUAGAUUAUGGGCAUGAUUGUGACUAUCAUUCCUGCAUAGCCAGUGCCAGUUCAUCUUUUGUGUUAAAAGUAUAUCCUUGGCAAAUGUGCAUGUUGAUAUAUUGGAAAACAAAAAUAAUAUGACAAUAUCUAUUUGAAUUACGUAGGUUUCCCUUUAUUCUUUAAUUUUUACAUUGCACAGGGGUUAGUGUUUAUUUUGUUUCACACUUGUGAUGGAAAAUGGAAUUUUUGUUGUAAUUAUUAGCUGUUGAUCUGAGCUGUUAGACUUGGAAUUGACUAAUUGCUAAUGAAGGUUUGUUUGCAGAAAGAUUUAGACCAAAUUUAAGACUUCACUAUUAUUGGACUUCACCAUCACAAAAAUCAUGUGAAAGAAACUAGAAUGAGUUUUUGAAACAUUGGCACUGAGAACGAGUUAAAAUGUUUAAGUUAUUAUAAUGAGUUAUAAAAGCAACUAGUCCCAAAAUCAAUAAAAGAAAAAGGAAACAUUGAGAGUUGCAAUACAACUGAGUGAGAAGAGGGGUAGAUUAGGGAUAGCCUGGUUGAAUGAGUUAGAAGGUUCAAUAAGAGGAAGUGGUAAAUUUGUGAGAGCAUGAAGCAGGUGAGAAGUACUAAAAUGAAAAAAAAUAUAUGAUCAUUAGUCUACAUUGUUUUAAAAUUCCUGGCAAGGGACGAGAAUCUAAGGUGCAGCAAGAUGAAGACUUUAAGCCUCCACACCUGCUUCUGUUGCUUCCUCUGACAAAAGCAGACAACUACUAGUGGGAGUCAGAUUUUUUUACUACAAGUAUACAGUUCUAGACUGAAUUAAAGAACAUGGAAUAAGUGGAUUAAAUUUUACAUUAUUGAUUCCUUUCUCCCUUCUCCCCCCCCUAAAAGAACAGAUGUGAAUUACUUUUCUCAAACAUAAAUGAUAAGAAUAUCCAUUAACACUAAAGUUAAAAUUGCUAAAGUUUUUGUGGCAAGAGUGAUUAUAAUCAGUGUCUCUGAUGGAUUUGUCAGGUGGUUGUGAUAGGUAGAUUUAACUGAUGUCAUUACUAUGUGAUGAAAGCUUUGCUGUAGACACUGCUGUAGUGUGCCUUUCAGUCUUGUGGGAGAUUUUAAUCAACUUGAUUUUGGUUUAUAUUGCAUAAUGGUAUCAUCCAUAUACUGUAAAAUUCAUUUUGUAUUCCAUACGAUCUGUUUUCAUUUCUGGUUAUCUAUAGGGUCCUACAUAAUACAAAAUGUUAUUUAUAAAAUGAUUCAGUAGCUUUCAUAGGCUUUAAAAACGUUAUGUUCUUUAUGUGCGAUAUCCAGAGCAUAUUAGUGAGUGAGCAAGGUAACUCUGUCGCACAGUGAGAGGUGUAUAUAUUUUGACUCUAGUAGAAUUUACUGGACAGAUUUGGAUCACAGACCCACCAGUGUCCAGGUUUUUUUUUU